GUUCUAAUCCAAUCGAUGAUUUUAUCAAUAUCGAUGAAGAUGAUAAUGAUAAUACGGAUGAUGAUAAUGAUGAUGAUGAUAUUAUGUUUAUUAUUGAUGAUAGUGAUGUUGAUGCUGUGCCUGAUACAAUUGACGAUCCACCACCGCCAAAUCAACCAAUUCGACGACAAAAAAAAUCUUCAUCACCAUCAUCAUCAUCAUCAUCAUCUGAAGAAGAAGAUUUUAAUAUUAGUGGAAAACAGCAACAGCAACAACAUUCAUUUGUCAAUGAUAAUGUUGAUUACGUGAUGCAUAGUCCACGUACAGUGCAAACAAAAUAUGGUGCAUUACAAGGAAUCGUCAUCACUUUUGUUCGUUAUAAUGAUGAUGAUGAUGAUAAAUCAUCUACUUCUACUUCCACGUCUUCUAAUCAAAAUCACAAUAACUCAUCUUCAACUUCAUCGAUACCGCCACCACCACCGCAGCCAAUUAUAACUUUAUCACCGGUUGGCUUUUUAGGUGUACCAUAUGCAACACCACCAUCAGGUAAUCUACGUUUUAUGCCACCAGUGGCACCUAUUCAUUGGCGUGGUGUACGUCAAGCAAAUCAUUUAUCACCAGUUUGUCCACAAUCAUUACCAUCAUUUACAACGAUGAUGAAUUUAUCUACAACAACAAAUGAUCAUCAAAAACAAUUACAUUUAUCACCAAAACAUUUUGAUCGUUUACAGAGACAAAUUCCAUUCCUAAGAAAUCAAAGUGAAGAUUGUCUUUAUCUGAAUAUUUAUGUUCCAUUUGAACAUUAUUAUCAACAUCGUCUUUAUCAACGACAACGGCAACAGCAACAAAAUCGGAAAUUAAAAUCAACAACAUCGCCAACAUCAUCGUUUGGUAAGUGA